CAACACAACAGAAACUUCUCUUCUCAUAACUCGCCGCCUCUCACACACACAGUCCGGCAGUCAUCAAGGAACUUCUCAAGAACUUCAGGGAAUUCAGGGAGAGCUGAAGAUGGGCAGCAGACAGAUAUCUAUCAGGAGAGCCACCUCCGCCGGGUACAGGAUGCCAGACAGAGCUACAACAAAACUGACGUCUGUGUCCUCAGUUUCUUUGAGUAAGACGCAUCCUGGGACGCAACAAAUAGCAUCGCGGUCUGAUAGGGAGAAGGAAAAGCAGAGCUGGGGCGACGCCGUCAGAAAAGACCAUGUCUGGAGAGAGUUUGUAGAAGCCGAAAGACGAGGCAAAAAGCAAUGGCAUGAAAAUUGGAGUUUCCUGAAGGAAUAUGAUUCACUGGGAAAUAGGAAAGAAGUAGAGCAGUUACCCGACAAGGUACCAGUUUAUUCUGAUGAAGUCCCGAAUACAACCAACCAAAAUAUUGGAAGCCGGAUAAACACGGAUCUGGGAAAAACACUGGUCUAUAUGGAUUUCCUUCUAACCAGUGGAAAUCAGAAGAAGAAGCUAGGAAGAGAGCUCCAGCCCUGCUAAUCCCCAAGGACUUUUUGCUGACUGAAAAACAUCCUUAUAACUUUUGUAUGAUACAGAACGGAAGAACGAUUCCAGAAAUGUAUUUAAUUAUAGGACGAUGACAACGUGAUGCCACACACAGUGGGGGUGUCCUUCAAGGAGUGACGUGAAAUAACUUGAGAACCGGGUUAUUAUCAAAAUAUGACCUCAAAAUUAUGAAUAAACAGAAAUUUUUGGGAAGUUUACGUGUUAAUGGUAUGCUUGUUUGUACGGGUUAUUAAAUGUCAUCAUAAUAGUUAUAAUGAGUAUUGUAAAAUGUCUUAAAGGGGUUAUCCGGUAAAUUAUAUUGAUGACCUAUCCUCUGGGUCAGCGGGGGUCCGACUCUGAACUCCAUCCACCAUAGGGACCUUGUGAUGUCACAGGGUCACAUGACAUUCUAAAUUCAUGUGAGAUUAAAGCAGCUGCGGGAUUUAGCCUGGAGGAUAAUAUAUACGCCCCACUCAAAAUCACAAGGUUCCUACGGUGAAUGAAGUUUAGACACAACCACGCAGUGGCUCAGUGGUUAGCACAGCGCUGGGGUCCUAGGUUCGAAUCUGACCAAGGACAACAUCUGC